GACAAGUAAAUCUUCUGUCAACGUUGUCAUUUUCCAAAUGAGUAAAAUUUGGCCGUCGCUUCAUUCUGUUACUAUUUUAAUUUAGUCUGCUAGUGUUGCAUUUAAUUUAUUUCUAACAAUAGCAUUGUAAGCAAGAUGUACAAAAUGAUUGGGUUUCAUUUAUUGUUCUUGGCCUGUGUGCUGGUACAAGGCGCAAUGAGCCUCAAAGAAGGCGAGUGCGAGGUGUGUGUGAAAACUGUAGAGAAAUUCGCAGCCACGUUAUCUGAUGACGUGAAGAAAGACCCGAAAGCCAUCGAGACUGAGUUCCGUAAGUUCUGCAAGGGCUCCAAGAACAAGGAGAACCGAUUCUGCUACUACUUGGGUGGUUUGGCGGAGUCUGCCACCGGCAUUCUUGGUGAACUUUCGAAGCCUCUCAGCUGGUCGAUGCCUGCCGACAAGAUCUGCGAGAAACUCCGGAAGAAGGACGCCCAGAUCUGCGACCUGAGGUUCGACAAGCAGAUCGACUUAAAAAAUGUUGACCUGAAGAAACUGAAGGUGCGUGACCUGAAGAAGAUCCUCAAUGACUGGGAUGAGGUCUGCGACGGAUGCAUCGAGAAGAGCGACUUCAUCAACAGAAUAGAAGAACUCAAACCCCAGUACAUGGGAAGAUCUGACUUGUAAAGUAAUUCUAUAGCUUAAAAUAGGCCAAUACAAUGUGAUAUCACAGAAGCAUUCACAAGAACUGUGAAACCAACAGAUGAGCAAAAUUGUAACAACACACUACUUAUGUAAAUACAUUUUGGGUUAUAUGAAUGCUCCAACAAAGUAAUACUCUGAAGAAACAACACAAAUUUUGAUAUCCACAUAAAGUAAAUGGAGACAUCCAUUUUGCUGUGCUCAGGCAUUUUUGUAUGAAACAGGAAGUUAAUAGAUUAUUGUAAAAAAUGCAUUUGUGUGGAAUGUCUGCAUGCAGUGAAUGACUGUGUAGUUCUUGGUAAUUAAAUUAUUGUAUUUAAGUAAAUAUAUUUUCUAAAACA